AUGCGAGAUAAGGCCACCUGGAUGCAUCUUCGUUCGCGUCAGUGGCACCUGAUGGACUGUGUCCCCGUCCGGAGGCGAGACCAGCGGGGCGUGCUGGUUACAAAGGCGAUUUCGGGUGCUGACGGGUGGACCGACCAUCGCCUCGUCAUCUCGCAGAUGCGUAUUCGCCCACAGUCUCGCAGGAGACCACAAGCAACGAGCUUGGUCAACGAAUAGACAACCUUCAAGUCGCUGCCGCCGCCGCUGGUGGGAGCACCUGCAUGGAGAAUCGAAGGUGGCGACUGCAGGACACAGUUAAGUCUACGGCCCUGACCGUCCACGGUCGCGCACGCUGCGAACAUCCGGACUGGUUCGGUGACAACGACACCGCCACGAGCAACCUGCUCGCCGAGAAGAACCACCUGCAUAAAGCCUAUGUCACCCGCCCCACCGACGACAAGAAAGCAACCUUCUACCGUAUUCGCCGCCUUGUGUAA